AUGGUGUCUCCUGCUAUCGCUCUGGCCUUCGUCCCCCUCCUGCUGACGCUGAUCAUCAGGUACCGUUACUACUUUGUACUGUUCUACCGUGCGGUCCUGGUCAGGAUAUGGAAAGACUGUGUCACUGGUCUGAGCAGAGAGGAGCGAGCCUUCCAGUAUGUCCUCACUCAUGCCACCCCAGGAGACCCUGACAGUAUCCUGGAUGCCUUCGAUGUCUGGUGCAGCAGGGUGGAGUACAUCAGCAACAUUGGGCCUAAAAAAGGGAAGAUCCUGGACCGGCUGCUGAUGGAGCAGAGCCCUCUGACAGUGCUGGAACUGGGGGCCCACUGUGGGUACAGCACCAUACGGAUAGCCCGAGCUUUGCCCCUGGGUGCCAGGCUCUACAGUGUGGAGAUGGACCAGAGGAAUGCUGCCAUCGCUGAGAAAGUAAUACGCCUGGCAGGUUUUGACGAUGACACGGUUGAGCUCAUCGUAAAUCCAUCUGAUGAAGUCAUUCCUCGGCUGCGCUCUGACUAUGGUUUAGAAAAGCUAGAUUUUGUCUUCAUGGACCAUUGGAAGAAAUGCUAUGCCCCUGAUUUGCAGAUGCUUGAGGGUUCUGGCCUUCUAGGAAAAGGGACCAUGAUUGUGGCUGACAAUGUGCUGUUCCCUGGGGCUCCAAAGUUCUUGAGACACAUUCGUAAGAGUGGCCUGUAUGAAUGGAAGGUUCACAGGGCAACACUGGAGUACAGUAAGGGGAUCAGAGACGGGAUGGCUGAGCUGGUGUAUCUGGGGAUCAAGUAG